UUUCUGAAGAAGUCUCGAGAGGGUGCCCGAAAUAUCAUCAUCUUUCUCUCUUUCUCUCUCAAUUAUUUAAUCAAAGAUCAUUGCUUUACUUUACUCUGCUCAUUCGAUUCGAUUAUCACUGCCUCUGCUACUGAUUAACUCGGUCGAUUUCAACUCACUGACUCAUUACUAUUUAGGGAUUUGCUUUGCUUUGCUUUGAUUUGAUUUGAUUUGCUUUGCUUUGAUUCAAGCAUGGUUGGUGGUGGAUUCAUGGGUAUGGACAGUAACACCAUCAGAGUUGCCAAGAUGAAGAGGAAGGAAGCUGAUGAUCUCACAAACGAUUUCUCCGACUUCUCUCUAUCUUCUCCCGCCACUAAGAUUCGUCGUCUGGAUGCGGAGUUGCCACCCAUUAUGGAGGAAGAGGAGCCUGAUAUCCCUUUCCCAUCUUCCAUGGCUGGAGCACCAGGUUCAGGUCGCGGUCGUGGUUCUGGUGGUCCUGUUAUUCGGGAAUUGGAUGAUGAUGAGAAAGCAAUUGUUCUCUUCAAGCCUUUCAAUUCAUCACUUUUUCAUAACUCGCCUUCUUCCACUUUAUCCCUCUCAGUUGAUUCCAACUUUAUUUCUGGCUUCAAGGAUCAAUUAAUCAGAGCAACUAACCAGAAGAGUUCCAUGGGAAAUGAUGGCAUAGGAGUUGGAAAUGAGUGUCAAGCCAUUGUUCCUUGGGCACCACCAUACCAGCUGAUGCCUCCUGUCUCAUUUGGAGCUGAGGAUUCUUGUCAAGAACCAGUUCAUUUUCAGGAGUUAAUGGAGGCUGAGGAGGAGCUGGAGGAGGAGGAUGAGGACUCCAUGGAGGUUGAGGAGGACACCAAUCUGAACACGCCAAAAGUAGGACUAGUUAGUGAGGCUGAGGCAUAUAGUGGGAUAAGAGGAGGAGCUGGUGAGGGCAUACACCAAUGGCACCAACAGCAUUGUAUGUUGCCACAGCCACCUCACAACAUAUCCACUCCCGUUACUUGGUUCCAGUGAGAGUGACCACAAACAAGCUUGGUUUUGGCGUGGAAUUUGAUAUCAUUAACUUCCAUUUUUGUGACUCUGUGUAGGAUUUUGGGAGGAGGAAACCGUAGAGAAUUGAUAUAUUUUUUGUAUUUUCAUGUUUUGGAUGGCCUUUGCCGCCUAAGGAAGUAGAGACUAAUAGUGUUGUCAUUUCAAAAAUGGGAACUUGUAAAAGGAAAUGUUAAUAGCUAAUAGCAAUGUAAGAAUUUUCCUCCUCAAAGGAUUGAUUUUUCUGUCAUGUAUGAUCCCAAGGUAUUGAAAAGGCUUGCACUUGUAUAAUUAAAAUGGUUGAAUGGAUAUGGAUAGUUAAUGCUCUUCUCAUUCUGCUCA